AUGGCACACAUACGUCCGAUUUCUCCACUACUAGCAGAGGUUGCGAAGCACCAACUCAACGAGGAUGCGACCCAGGUGGAAAGCCAUUUGAAAGUGAUCAGAUCGUGGCUUGCCGAACUGGACCUCCAGACGGCCCUUAUUGACGAUCAGUUUUUAAUAGCAUUCCUGCGUGGUUGCAAAUUUAGUUUGGAAAAGGUGAAAAAGAAGCUUUUGCUAUUUUAUCAAAUUCGGUCCGACCUUCCGGAGGUUAUCCAAAACCGUGACCCACAUGAUGCCGAUGUGCUCAAAAUCAUACGCAUGGGCGUGGGAAUACCGCUGCCAAAAACGGUGAAGCCGACGGAUCCCAAGAUAUUUCUUAUACGUGUAGGGUGCUUUCCGGUGAGCAUUUGCACGUUUGCUGACAUUAUGAAGGUCGGCACAAUGAUCAACGAUAUUUUGAUGCGCGAGGACGAUCAAAUGGUGAUCUGCGGAAUGGUGCUCAUAAUCGAUCUCAAGGGAGUAACUGCCAGCCAUUUAAUGCACUUCGAGGUGGAGCUUCUGAAGAAGGUGGCUAUACUGAAUCAGGACGCUUCGCCGCUGCGAAUGCAAGGGAUUCACAUACUUAAUCCUCCCCCCGGGGCACAAACCGCAUUGAACAUCUUCAACGGUUUGUUGUCGGAAAAGAAUCAACAUAAGAGAAUUUACACACAUGGGCGCGAUCUAAAGUCUUUGCAUGAGCAUUUCUCACCCAGUGUGCUUCCCAAGGAGUAUGGCGGAGACCUGGAAUCGAUUGACAGCAUAGCUAAACAAUGCGAAAUCAAACUCCUAGAUAACCGCAGCUACCUGCUCGAUAUGGCACUAAUGAACGCACAGCCUUGUUCGUCACCAGGGUCAGGUGGUAAAAGUGGUAAUACUAAAAAUGCUUUCGGAGUUGAAGGCAGCUUUCGGAAGCUUGAUUUCGACUAG